CUUGAUGGUGCUAAACUGGAAAUGAUAGGGAAAAAGGCAGGCUCAGGGCACAAGAUAAUGAGUCAGGGUGUAGUCCCAUUGAUGCUCUCCCCACCAUCUGGUGGCCGUUCCUCUCCCACCGGCCUCCGCGUCCCUCAUGGUAUUCCCGUGUUCCUGCAACCCCUCUCCACCUCCUUGUCACCCCUUCCCCCUGUGCUCGUCCAGGCCUCCUCUAGUCCAUGGAAUCCAACCCCGGCUCCUGUCAGCAGCCCUCCCCUGCUGCUCCCCAUCCCUGCCAUCGUCUUCAUCGCUGUGGGCAUCUAUUUGUUGCUGCUGGGUCUAGUCCUGCUGACUAGGCACUGCCUUCUGGCCCAGGGCUGCUGCGCAGACGGUAGCUCCCCCUGCAGGAAGCAAGGUGCCUCAGGGCCCCCAGACUGCUGCUGGACCUGUGCAGAAGCCUGCGACUUUCCUCUGCCUAGCCCGGCCCACUUCCUGGAUGCCUGCUGCCCCCAGCCCACCGGAGCUGGCUUCCAUUCUGGUGAUGGAGAGAGAGAAAUAAUUAGGCCAUUACAACAGUGGGUGAGAAAUGGCGUGCUCUGGAGCAGCGGUUGCUUCGCCCUGCAUGCGGUCAGAAACAGGACUGGGCACCUCGCUGCCCCCGCUGCUGCCCACUCUGCGACUGUGCCUGUACGUGCCAGCUCCCCGACUGCCAGAGCCUCAACUGUCUCUGCUUCGAAAUCAAGCUCCGAUGAGAACCCAGGGCCCCUGCCCUCUGGAGAGUGGCCAGCCCCCAGGGCCCAUGGGCCCUCCUCCCUGAAGAGCCUUUCUCCAGGCCACUGUAACCACAAAUGGCCUGCCCAGCACCCAGGCCCGGGAACUGGAAGUGGCAGUGCGGGGCCUGGCUCCCUGCAGGGCGGGACUCUUGGCCGACUGGACGGCAGCUCCUCUGGAGGGCCAGAAGAGAGAGGGGCUACUGCUGGGGUCCCUGGCCAAAGAUUUAUUUCUCUUGACAAUCAAGGGCCUCCGUCUGGAUUUCCAAAGAAGAAAUUUCCUCUGAAGCACCGGCAAGGUGACCCCAUGGCAAGGCGCAAGCCAGAAGGGUCCAGCUUCAACAUGACCCACCUGUCUAUGGCUAUGGCCUUUUCCUUUCCCCCAGUUGCCAGUGCGCAACUCCACCCUCAGCUGGGCAACACCCAGCACCAGACAGAGUUAGGAAAGGAACUUGCUACCACCAGCACCAUGCCCUACCAAUAUCCAGCGCUGACCCCGGAGCAGAAGAAGGAGCUGUCUGACAUCGCUCACCGCAUCGUGGCACCCGGCAAGGGCAUCCUGGCUGCAGAUGAGUCCACUGGGAGCAUUGCCAAGAGGCUGCAGUCCAUUGGCACCGAGAACACCGAGGAGAACCGGCGCUUCUACCGCCAGCUGCUGCUGACAGCUGACGACCGCGUGAACCCCUGCAUUGGGGGUGUCAUCCUCUUCCACGAGACACUCUACCAGAAGGCGGAUGAUGGUCGUCCCUUCCCCCAAGUUAUAAAAUCCAAGGGCGGUGUUGUGGGCAUCAAGGUGAGGGGCAGGGCCUCAGGAUGUGAGGUUUGAGAUGGAAAUGGAGGAAGGAAAUCCAGGUUAGUGAGGCAGGGAAUGAAUGCUGGAUAGGAGGCCUAGAGACUUGCAUGGAGCCUGCUUCAGGCUUAGGGCAUUUACUCGACAUUUUUAAUCCUCACAAUUCUAAGAGAACAGUAUUAUUCCCCCUUUACAGAUGAAAAUCUCAGAAGCUCAGGGAAGUGAAGUGUUUUGCUCAGAGUAAGUGGCAGAGCCCCAGUCUCCUGACACCCAAUUCACUCAACAUAUCUGUUGUCAAAUAUCCCAGUGUAUCCUGUCUCAGAGGAUUGUUACUAAGUGAACUAAGUGAAAAUAUUUUAAUUUAAUUGUAACUAAGUAUUUUAGCAA